GCACAUCUAAACGAAAGUAAAAUACUACAUUUACAACUCCUUCAGUAGCAUACACUACCCCGGGGAAGAAAAACUCAUCUUUUAAGGAGUUAACAUUUCACGCAGUUAUAGAUGCCAGCCGUGUGUGAUGGCUGUCGGUGUCAUUUCCUUCAUUCUCGUCUUGUUGCUCGUCAUUCCAUCAGUCUCUCCUCCAGUGCUCUCAGCUACAGAGUCAUCCCUUUCCAUUGUUAAAGGGAGGUUUGGAGACUCUGUCACUCUCCCCUGUGAUGGCUCUGCACGCCAUCUCCCUGACGAUCAGCUGGACGUCCUGUGGAAGACUGACCAGAACACAGUGGCUCACUACUCUGGUGGGAAACUUGUUGUUGUAGGCUCUCACUUCAGUGGUAGAGUUACGUUCCCCAAAGAGAGGAUUCUGCGUCGAGACUUCUCCAUCGAUAUCGGCUCCAUUAAGUCCAGCGAUGAGGACAAAUACGAGUGCGUGGUGAAUAAUGUUUAUCUCAAGGAUGUGCAACUCAAAGUUUUACCACCCCACUUUUCUAGGCCUCUCUCUGUUGCUGUUAACGACUCGGUGACUUUGCCCUGCUAUGGUGGUGUUAACAAAUAUGAGCCUGACAAACUCUUUGUUAAGUGGGAAAGAGGAGGUGACCCGGUGCUGAAGAUCAACUCAGAGGGGCUCACCUAUGGCCCAAAGUACGAGGGAAGGGCCUUUGUGUCUCCUGACUGGAAAGAUGGCAACUUUUCUUUGUUCUUGAGCGUUACGGGUCUGUGUGACUCAGGAGUUUAUCAGUGCAACACCGACCAGAAGCACAAUGUAACUUCAGUCCUUCUGGACCUUAAAGAUUAUGAACACUUCAAAUCAGUCAGUCUCAGCCUUGGGGAGCCUUUCUCCCUCAGUCUACCUGAAGAACCAGUGAAUGUGAUCUUCUCUAAGGGUGGAACAUUCCCCAAAGUGUCACUGUGUUCCAUGGACACGGAGCUUAGAUGUGAACCAAAGUACAAGAACAGGAUGGAAUGGAAGAGCAACACUCUCACGAUGCUGAAUGUGACAUCAGACGAUGUGGGAACUUACACAGUGAUCUUCUCAGAGAACUGUGUGAUCAGCCGUGCAUACAAAGUCAACAUAAUACCUUCAGUUAAUAGUCAAGCAUAUGUAUUCAACUUAAAAUCUGCUUUAUUAAUAUGUCUUCCCAUUUUAAUUUUACUAGCAGCAGGAGUGGUAGGAGUAUAUAUAAGGAAAAGAAAGCAAACAAUCUACAUUUGUGGCUCUUUCCUGAGCUGCUGGCAGAGGAACAAAGAUGACUCACCACCGCAAGAGAAGAACCCAGAAUCAGCCAGGACAUCAGAUGCUACAGGACAAAAACAGUCUCCGGAGUCAAUUCAACUGCUAAAGAGAGCUGAACAGGAGCAGUGUAACUAGUAACCACCUACUUCCCCUCUUCACCUCUGACGCAACUUAAAGGGACACCUCCUGCCUUUAUGAAAAUGGAGGACCUGCUAUUUCAUGUGCCAGCCUUAAAUCCAAAGUGUGAAAAUACUUCAGAUUCUGCACCAAUAAAACGUGCCGGAAAUCUCGACAAAACCGCUGCAGUAUACAAGAUGUGCAGCCUCACCGUUUAGUACAUGUAGUAGAGGCAGAAACACUGGGGGUUUUCAAGACCAGGCUAGAUAUGGUGUUAGAUUCUAUUUAGCUUUUAGGCAAUCUAUGCUGUAGGUAUGCUGAGGGGUAGGAAAAGGCAAGCCCUGCUGGGCUGAAUGGCCGGUUCUCGCCAUGCCCUUAUGUUAUGUUAAGUCAUGUUAUGUGGUGACAUUGGCUGAGGCGGUACGAGCAGUUGUGUGGCAAUCAGAGGGUUGCUACCCUGAGUGCGUUGAAGUGUCCCUGAGCAAUAUACCUAACCCCUAAAUGCUCCUGAGGAGCUGGUUGGUGCCUUGCGUGGCAGCCAAUUGCCGUUGGUGUGUGAAUGUGGGUAUGAAAGGGUGAAUGAGAAGCAUCAAUUGUACUGCGCUUUGGAUAAAGGUGCAAUAUAAAUGCCAAGCAUGUAUCAUUUCGCAUGUUGUGCUAUGAAAUACAUGGACGGUACAUUCAACCUUGGUACACAUUUACAAAGCUGGUAGCGUUAGCAUAGUGGCUGAGGUACAUUAAUGGGACCUGGAAGGUUAGUGUUUCAAGCCCUGUUGUAGCCAUGAUAACACUAGCACAGUUGUCGGGCCCUUGAGCAAGGCCCUUAACCCCCGCAUUGCUUUGAGUCUAAUCAACUGUAUGUCACUUUGGGUAAAAGCAUCAGCUAAAUAACUAAUAUAAUGUACUUCCAAAGAUCACUCGCCCACAAUUCUCUAUAACUCUACAAUAGCAAGAAGGUUCCGGGAUCCCCCACAGUCCAACAUGCAGGAUAGGUUCAUUGGAGAGUCUAAAUUGCCCCGAGGUAUGAGUGAUGUGUAAGUGAAUAUAGUGAGCACCCUGGCAACCUGUCCAGAGUGUAUUCCUGCCACUCUCCCAGAGAGGAAAAGGGCCCUUAAAACAUUGCUGAAAAGGCCAGUUUCAGACAGUCGAUAGGUUGAGGAUGACGGUCGUUUCAGUAGACAGCACUUCAGUGACUUCAAAGUUAUGGAGUCUCUAUCCAGUGCAGAGUGAGUAGCCUUAACUCCAGAUGGGUGAACGACUUGUUCCCCAGAAUUGUUUAUCACAAUGUUUGUGUCUUAAAAGUCACGUUUUACAGACGAGAGUAUUUAAUGAGACACACACAGGGAAGAACAUUGGUGCUUUGUUGCAAGAUUUCUGUGUAGAUAUCAUAGUCUGUAGAAAAACAUGGACCAAGUGCCUGUAUGGACCAAAAUAUGGACCAAGUGCCUGUAUGGACCAAUAUAUGGACCAAGUGCCUGUAUGGACCAAAAUAUGGACCAAGUGCCUCUAUGGACCAAAAUAUGGACCAAAAUAUGGACCAAGUGCCAUCACCCACUGACUAACCAUGGCCUUCUGAAAAGUGCAGAGCUCCACUCUGUGUGUGAGAGAGUUACGUAAUCUGUCCCUGAUCCCUAUUGGGGCCAAAUUCAUUUCAGCCUGUCAUAAGCUGAGGGACAGUGAGUGACCACCCACAAUAAAAACGUGUACAUACUUAUUGUUUAUAAUCUUUUGGUUGUUGUUAUUAUUGUUGUUAUAUGUGGUUAAAUGUACCAUAAUAAUGAGUAUUUUCUUAUUAUUGUAUUAAUACUAUUUAUAUGUAUGCUUUGUACAUAUGAAUUGUAUUUCAUGCGGUUAAAGCAUGAAAGAGAGAGGUUUUAAUGCCAUUGUUAUGUGUAUUUGAAUGUCGCAAAUGUGUACUAUAUUGACGUGUACAAACCUUGAUGUGUACUAUAUUGUACUUUGCUUUGGAUAAAAGCGUCUGUAAAAUAAUAUUUAAGGUAAUGUAAAUGAGGCAGUGUGAUGGUGUGGGGCGGCAUCUCCAUUACUGGAAAAAUGAGGCUUGUCAUUAUCUUAUUUAUUUCAUCUCAGCAAUCUUAAUGCAGAGAGAUAUCGAGAUGAGAUUCUGCAACCAGUGGCAGUCCCAUAUCUCCACAGUCUGGGACCGAACUCCAUCCUCCAAGAUGACAACGCUUGCCCCCACAGAGCGGGGUUUAUCAGAGACUACCUCCAGAAUUCGGGAGUAGAGAGAAUGGAGGACCUGCAAACAGUCCUGACCUCAACCCAAUUGAACACUUCUGGGAUCAGCUGGGGCGUGCUGUUCGUGCUAGAGUGACCAACACACCCAUGUUUCCUUACUUGCGACAAAUCCUGGUUGAGGAGUGGUAUACCAUCCCACAGCAGUGUGGGACCAGGCUGGUGACCAGCAUGAGGAGGAGGUGCCAGGCUGUUGUGGCUGUGUAUGGUUCUUCCACACGCUACUGAGGCUCCUGACUGUUUGUUCAAUGAAUAAAUUGUAAAAUUGCCAA